AUGGCACCGACAUCUCCUGUUAUGCAGCCUACUUUGCCCUCCGUCCGUUCCUCCCGAAGAGAUCGAACGAGCAUAAACAUCGGGCCCGACCAGUCAAUAGACACCGAACCGAUACUAUCCUGUUUGCCGUGUCUGCUUGGCGAAGAUACGGAAUGUUGUUAUUCUUCACGCCUGGAAGAUGUCCAGGGACAACAGCCUCAUGCAAGCUUGACCAAGGUCGAGACCGCUAUCAUGGGCGAGGUUGCAGAUUGGUGGCAGUCGGAAUAUGUGGAUGAGUUCUGGGCACCGAGGAACAAGCAACAACGUCGUAUCCCUGCUGCAAGCCAGAAACUCGAAAAUGCUGUCGGGCGGAUUACCAAUCGGCGCCGAUUCGAGCCUGCAGCUGGUCACCACGCUCGAGCAUCUUCAGAGACGGCUGCAUGGCCCGGCCUAUAUACCGGACCCACAGUUGAGGAUAAUCUCGCAGAGAUGGCCACAUUGCGGCGGCGGCAACGACAUAGCAGCGGGCGCGUACCAUGCUUCCCAGCAAGCGGUUGGACAGACGGCUCUUCGUCACCAGGAGAAGAUCAUGGCCGUGAAACUUCAAGCUCGUCAGCAGAGUCCAACUCUUCUUCACAACCAGGCUUUUUCUCAAGGCUAAUAUGCCAGCCGUCGAUCCCCAAAAAUCCACGACGCAAGUACAACACGCUUUUCACGAGUUUGACAACAAGAAGAGGGAAGCCCGCUGGCACUCUGCGCACCAGGUCCAGUUCAUCAAAGGUACAUCACAAUCGCCCAAAGGCUUUGCGAGCUUUCACGGAGCAUACUGUCCAGCGCAUACCUUCUAUGCUCCGCCUUCGUCAGACGCAAUCCGCACCUCGAUUUGAGGCAGACGAGGCAAGCCCUACCAUCGGUCUCCAUGAAUCGCGACGGCACAGCUCGAACCCAUCGAUCGGCAGCGCGCUGAACUAUCCUUGUGAGAUUCCACAGAUACGCCGUAUAUCAGCUACUCCGGCAGCCAGCCAGUAUGAUCGACAGAUGUCCUAUGCAGUGCGAUUUUGUGGAAGAGGUGAUCUCCUCAAAGAGGAUGAGUACCUGGAUCCGAGUGAGACGACUUCACCUCUUUCUUCUAUCAGCACAGUCCUGAACUCGGACGACACCCCUCGCAACGUUCUCCGCCCACCCGAACUGGACCCAAAAGCCCUCUCGCCGCGUGCAGUAUCUCCACGCAGAAUCACGACAGUACCUGAUCAGCCCGAUGACUACUUCGCCUCUGUCCGCGCCGCGACGCACGUACACGACGACAAGUACGAUAACAUUGACAGUGAAGAUCGGCUAUUGGAAGAGCGCGAAGCUGCCGGGCCAAAUAUCGAUGAUAGCCCAAGUUUGCAGCGCAUCUUUGCGAGAAUGGAUGCAGACUCGGAGAGCUAUAUGAGCGACGACCAAUCGGACGAUAGUGAUCUAGAAAGAGAUAGGAAGCGGAGGAGUAUCUUGUCGGAACCAAGUAGCGUCAGCGAUCAGAUUGUGGAAAGGUUCGGAUUUCGCAGACAGGACAGCAGGCUCACAGAUAGGCUUACAGACGACUGA